AUGGCUCUCUGGCCGUUUGGUCGUCACAAGAAGCGAGCUCGCCGGGGAGACGACGAGGUCACCACAACGACCACAACGACAACGACCACUGCACCGGCCGCAUCCUCCUCUCCGGCACGGCAGCCUCACACUCCUCCAGCUCAGACCGAGGCGGCCACGAAGACGGCCACGACUGGCGGACAUGGCUUCUCCGCUGGCAGGCUGGUCCGUCGGGACAGCAAGCGUCAGAAGUACAGCGGUGUCUCUCCGGCAGCCGCACCGCCAGUUCCAGCAACUCCCACUGCUAUCACCACCACUGCUCCUGCUGCUACUUCAUCUCCCGUAGCCAUCACGACUCCGGCUACUCCGGCUACAGCAGCUACAGCAGCUACUGACUCCCCCAUGACGUUGCCGGCCGGUCGAGCUCUGCGACAGCCCACUUCAGUCGACACUUUUGCCUCCGUCAAUGCACUCGCCCCGUCCAAGCUCCGCCAGUCUGAGCACCAGCACCACCAAAACACCAUGAUGUCUCAGGUUCAGAUUCAGGACUCCCGAGACGCUUCAACGGCCCCCUACCUUGUUCCGACGCUGCAUGGGAAGAGAUAUCCCUCCGAGCCCACUUCUAUCCUCCGCCGUCGUUCGGAGAGACGCAGACGCAUCGAUCCCGAGCGCGAGCAGGAGAUCAAGCGCAUGGGCAGUCUUGUCUGGGAGCAUCCAAAGCGCAAUAACAACAACAAUAAUAACCCUUCCACUGCCACUGCCACCUCCAACAGGGACAAGCAUCUUUCCGACCCUUUCACCUCGUCUCCUGCGCCUUCGGCCCCCAUUCGCGACCAGGGAGAGUCGCCAUCCUACACCUUCAAGCUCGGUGCUCUCAAUGCACUGUCCCCUCGACCGUUCCUUCGAUAUGCUUCGGCUGAUGGAACCCGCAGCUCUCUGCCGCCAACUGCCGAUAUCUCGCGUUCUUCUACCACCAGAGACAAGGCCAAACCACGAUGGUUCUCUGCCGACCAGGCCGCCGCUACUGCCGGCAGUAGUAAGAAGAUCGAAGAGCUGGCUGACUCCAUGGAUGCCGGUGCUCUGCGCCAGCUCAUGGACCGUGACAGACGGCGCAGACUGGUCAAGCGUCAGAUUCUCAGAGAACAACAGCAACAGCAGGCCGCUGCGGCUGCUCGUCAGGCAGAAGAAGCAUCAGCUGAACAUCAACAACAGCAACUCCAAACCCAACAGCCAGAGCCAGAGUCGCGGGUAGAGCCCCAGGUAGAACAACAACAGUUGCAAACACAGACACAGCCACUCGAGAAGAUCGUGACUGCAGGAACCACCAGCAUCCCCUCAUCACAGGACCGCAUGGACGUCUCUAAGCCUCAGUCCCAGCAGCAGUCCCUCCAACAAACCCAGUCAUGGCUCCAGGAUGCAUCAAAGGAAAGCCUGGUCAAGGGAGAGCACGCCGUUGAAAUAGAAACGGCCACCGAUGUAUUAAAGACCGAACAUGGCCGCCAAAGCCAGGUUGCUCCAUCCACCGUCCUCUCUCGCAACGGACAGACCCUCGAACUCGCUCUCCCAGCCGACGAACACAGAGACGAGAUCCCCGACAUCCGUGAACACCCUGCAUUCCGCCAACCUUCCGUCUCCGAAACGUCUGCCUCCGCAUCACUAUCAGUAUCUGCGUCUGCAUCUGCCUCCACCAAACCAAGCACCAUGCUGAACGAGACCAAGCUCGGCCGGACCUGGACCCAGCUCUUCCGCCGUCGAGGCACCCUCCGCCGCAAGCCCAACCGCAACAUCCUGCCAAAGAACGGCUCUUCCGAGUUCUCCGUCACUUCUCGCACCCACCAGUACUUCAACCGCGGUGGUGCUGCUGCUGCUCAUCACGGCGCUGGUUCCGCCGCUUCCCACCCCAUUGCCAUUGGUACGGCUGCGUCCUCCCACCGGGCAGGCACUGAUACCCAGUCCAUCACCUCCAAAUUCACCGAACACCUCGACGAUGGCUGCUCCGGCUCCGGCUCCGCAGUCCGACUGUCGACGUCCGCUCCGGGACCACGCAUGUAUUCUCCCGAACCGCCGUACAACCUCCACCGAGAAGACUCGUACUCCGUCUCGGUCUCCGCCUCGCAGCGCAUGAGCGGCGCAGAAAAGUACAGCAUCAGCGGCAUGUCGGCCGGAGCUGGAAUCGGAGCAGGAACCUACGUGUCUGGCCCAGACACCCGGCCCAACAGCACCUUCUUAGCGCAGUCUCUGGCCUCCAUCGACUCGGAGGGCAGCUGGCUGUCCGGCCGUCCAUCCCGACGUCUCUCUCAAGCACCGCUCAAGAGCCCCGGUUCGACUCGCGAACGACUGGACGACACCAGCCCUAUCAUUGAUCCCGACCUGGAAGACGACAACGCCAUCAGCAGCGACGAAUACUUUGGCGCUCUCCCCGUGCCCAAAGAGGAAGAGGAGGAAGAAGGCACGUUCCCCAAACACCACCGCGGUCUCAACAUCACCACCGCUUCCAAUGACGCCGCCGAUGUCCACCACCCUGCCAUCAUGAACGGCCACAGCGACGAAGCCGAGAUCAGUCCACUGCCCGAAGAAGCCGACGACGGCAUGGCUCUCGCCAACGCAGACGGCGACCCACCGACAUGGCACUCUAGCGUCGGCAAACAGCCGCGUCUGGUCAACCCCGAGACCCGCGCAAAGUCCCGCGAAGGCCUAUUCACCGAGUUCAUCGACAGCGAGAAUGAAAUCAGCCCCAUCGACGAACCAGAGGACGUAACCGAGAUCCGUCGAGCCCAGAGCGUCGACCUAGGCCGCCAUAUCCGCCACAUGAGCGUCGGCAGCGCAAAGCUGGUCACCUUAUCCCGGGCCGAGUCGAGCGGCAAGCGACACAGCUCUAUUUCCAUGAGCAGCUCUGGCAUUUUCCCUUCCAGAGCCGACGACGAAAUCUGA